AAGAAAGAAGAAGAGGGGUGUGUGUGUGUGUGUGUGUUGUGGCGCCUGGACUGUGAUCCAACUCCAGCCCAUCCUGCGGUGACGGCCCGUGGCCACUGGGGGCCGCUGCCGCGCCAAGGCGUGGGCAGCCUGCGCCGAGGGGGCGGGGCCUGUCUCUGUCGGGAGAAGCCCCGCCCACCCGGCCUGGCCCCGCCCCUCUGGCCCCGCCCCUUUCCUCCUCCUCCUCCUCCUCCUCCUCCUGCUGCUGCUGCUGCUCUUGCCUCGGAGCCGGACGGGCGGAAGGGCAGGCGGGAGAGAGAGAGAGAGAGAGAGAGAGACCCAGCCAUGGGCAGCAAAGGCCACUUCCGCUACCACUGGCAGAGCCACAACGUCAAGCAGAGCGGGGUGGACGACAUGGUCCUCCUCUCCAAGAUCUCCGAAGACUCUAUUGUGGAGAACCUCAAGAAGCGCUACAUGGACGACUACAUCUUCACCUACAUUGGAUCCGUCUUGAUCUCUGUAAAUCCCUUCAAGCAGAUGCCGUACUUUGGGGAGAAAGAGGUUGAGAUGUACCAAGGAGCGGCUCAGUACGAGAACCCGCCCCACAUCUACGCCCUGACAGACAACAUGUACCGGAACAUGAUCAUCGACAGGGAGAACCAGUGCGUCAUCAUCAGUGGUGAAAGCGGUGCUGGGAAGACGGUGGGCGCCAAGUACAUCAUGGGCUACAUCUCCAAAAUAUCGGGAGGAGGCCCCAAAGUCCAGCACGUGAAGGACAUCAUCCUGCAGUCCAACCCCCUCCUGGAGGCCUUCGGGAACGCCAAGACCGUGCGGAACAACAACUCCAGCCGAUUCGGGAAAUACUUUGAGAUCCAGUUCAGCCCGGGAGGGGAGCCGGACGGAGGCAAAAUCUCCAACUUUUUGCUGGAGAAGUCGCGGGUGGUGAUGAGGAACCCCGGGGAGAGGAGCUUCCACAUCUUCUACCAGCUGAUUGAGGGCGCCUCGAGCGACCAGCGAUCCAGCCUCGGCAUCACCAGCAUGGAUUACUACCACUACCUGAGCCUCUCGGGAUCCUACAAAGUGGACGACAUCAACGACAAAUCCGACUUCCAGGAAACGCUGCACGCCAUGAACGUGAUCGGGAUCUUUGCGGAGGAGCAGGCGCUGGUGCUGCAGAUCGUGGCCGGGGUCCUCCACCUGGGCAACAUCAGCUUCAAGGAGGCCGGCAACUACGCCGCGGUGGAGAGCGAGGAGUUCCUGGCCUUCCCGGCCUUCCUGCUGGGCAUCGACCAGAGCCGCCUCCGGGAGAAGCUGACCAGCCGGCAGAUGGACAGCAGGUGGGGCGGGAAGUCCGAGUCCAUCCACGUGACCCUCAACGUGGAGCAGGCCUGCUACACCCGGGACGCCCUGGCCAAGGCCCUCCACGCCCGGCUCUUCGACUUCCUGGUGGAGUCUAUAAAUAAGGCGAUGGAAAAAGACCAUGAAGAAUAUAACAUCGGUGUCCUGGACAUCUAUGGCUUCGAGAUCUUCCAGAAAAACGGCUUUGAGCAGUUCUGCAUCAAUUUCGUCAACGAAAAGCUGCAGCAGAUCUUUAUCGAACUGACGCUGAAAGCAGAACAGGAGGAAUAUGUCCAAGAAGGGAUCCGCUGGACGCCCAUAGACUACUUCAACAAUAAGAUUGUUUGCGACCUCAUAGAGAACAAAGUGAACCCGCCGGGCAUCAUGAGCAUCCUGGACGACGUCUGCGCCACGAUGCACGCCGUGGGUGAGGGGGCCGACCAGACGCUGCUCCAGAAGCUCCAGAUGCAGAUCGGGACCCACGAGCACUUCAACAGCUGGAACGAGGGCUUCAUCAUCCACCACUACGCCGGGAAGGUGUCUUACGACAUGGACGGCUUCUGCGAGAGGAACCGAGACGUCCUCUUCACGGACCUCAUUGAGCUCAUGCAAAGCAGCGAACUGCCUUUCAUAAAGGCGCUGUUUCCGGAGAGCCUCCAGGCCGAGAAGAAAGGCCGGCCGACGACAGCCGGGAGCAAAAUCAAGAAACAAGCCAAUGACCUUGUGGGCACGCUGAUGAAAUGCACGCCGCAUUAUAUCCGCUGCAUCAAGCCGAACGAGACCAAGAAGCCCCGGGACUGGGAGGAGAGCAGGGUCAAGCACCAGGUGGAAUACCUGGGGCUCAAAGAGAACAUCCGCGUGCGGCGCGCCGGCUACGCUUACAGGCGCGCAUUCAAGAAAUUCCUCCAGAGGUACGCCAUCCUGACCAAGGCCACCUGGCCCUCCUGGAAAGGGGACGAGAAGCAAGGGGUGCUCCACCUGCUCCAUUCCGUCAACAUGGACCCCGACCAGUUCCAGCUGGGAAGAACCAAGGUCUUCAUCAAAGCCCCAGAGUCCCUCUUUUUGCUGGAGGAGAUGCGCGAACGGAAGUACGAUGGCUAUGCGCGGGCGAUCCAGAAAGCAUGGCGGAAAUACGUGGCCAGGAAGAAAUACGUGCAAAUGAGGGAAGAAGCCUCCGAUCUGUUGCUGAACAAGAAGGAGAGGCGGCGGAACAGCAUCAACCGGAACUUUGUGGGCGACUACAUCGGGAUGGAGGACCGGCCAGAGCUGCGCCAGUUCCUGGGCAAACGCGAAAAGGUUGAAUUUGCCGACACGGUCAUCAAAUACGACAGGAGGUUUAAGGGCAUCAAGCGCGACCUCAUCCUCUCCCCAAAAUGCGUCUACCUGAUCGGGCGCGAAAAGGUGAAGCAGGGCCCGGACAAAGGCCUGGUGAAGGAGGUGCUGAAGCGGCAGGUCGAGGUGGAGAAGGUCCUCUUCGUGUCCCUAAGUACAAUGCAGGACGACUUCUUUGUCUUGCACGAGCAGGAGUACGACAGCCUCCUCGAAUCGGUCUUCAAGACGGAGUUCCUGAGCCUCCUGGCCAAGCGCUACGAGGAGAGGACCUACCGGAGGCUGCCACUGAAGUUCAGCAACACGCUGGAGGUGAAGCUGAAGAAGGAGACCUGGGGCCCCUGGAAGGCCGGCGGCUCCCGGCAGGUGCAGUUCAGCCAGGGCCAAGGAGACGUGGCCGUCCUCAAGCCCAGCAACAAGGUGCUGCAGGUCAGCAUCGGGCCCGGACUCCCCAAGAACGCCCGUCCCACCAGAAGGAACGCCAACCAAAGCCGGGGAUAUCCCACCCGGACGCAGCAAGGCCACAACUAUCCCACCAGGGCAGCGCCACCACCUCCCGGCCUCCACCAGAACGGCCUGAUCCAGGUCCCGGCACCACAGCGCUCCAGCCAGCGCAGCCUCUACACCCCGAUGUCCCGGCCGCCUUUGCCGCAGGUCUCCGGGGGUCCCGGCCAGGCCUCCCAGCCGCCCAACAGCCUCGACUUCCUCCGGGUGCCAGAGCAGGGCGCUGCAGGGGCGCGAAGGCAGACCACCAGCCGGCCCCCUCCGGCGGGAGGCCGUCCGAAGCCGCAGCCCAAGCCCAAGCCCAAGCCCCAGGGCCCACAGUGCCGGGCGCUCUACGCCUACGACGCGCAGGACACGGACGAGCUCAGCUUCAACGCCAACGACGUCAUCGACAUCGUCAAGGAAGAUCCUUCCGGGUGGUGGACCGGGCGGCUGCGAGGGAAGCAGGGCCUCUUCCCCAACAAUUACGUGGCCAAGCUGUGACCCGGCGGCGGGAGGAGGAGGAGGAGGAGAGGCCUCUUGCUCGCUCGCGGGUGGGCAGGUGGGCCUUGCGAUGGGACUCCCGGGCGGUGGUGGCAGGGCCUCGUACCCUUCGAAUGUCUCCGCUCCUUCUCCAAGAAGCCAAAGCCCACCGUAUGCCUCAAAAAGCCCAAACCAAGGAAUUGUUAUUUAUUUUAUUUAACGCUUUUUUAAAAAAAGAAUUCUCGCAAAGGAA